GACAUUUAUAGCUCCUCGCAGAGCCAAAAUGGCGCGCCAAGGGAAGUCAGUGUCACGACGGGUCCCGUUUUAUACGCCUGGUCUCCGGCCACCCCUGCCAGCGCUGACGUGACCAUGGCGAGCGCUGAACCUUCUCUGUCAGAGCAGGACAUUGAGAAAAAGAUAGAGGAAACAAGGCGGAGGUUUAAAACGGAGUAUCUUAAAGACGCAUGUGACAGGUAUGACCGCAGGGACCUGGAGCAGCUGGAGAGCGAUGACUGGCUGGUGGACGCGUACCUGACGUGGCAGCACUAUGCCGUGGACAGGACCAUCAAAAUGAUAGACGAAAGCUUUCACUGGAGAAAGGCAUUCCAACUGAACGAUAUCACAGAAAGCUGCGUCCCCAAAUGGACCUUCGAGACUGGUGCUAUCUAUCUGCAUGGCUAUGACAAAGAAGGCAACAAGCUAUUCUGGUUUAACAUUAGUCGGCAUGUCAAGGAUGCCAAGACCAUGCAGGACAAGAAGCAGUAUGUGGCCUUCUGGUUGGAACAGCACGUUAAACAGCACCGUGGCAAGCCUCUCACGGUCGUGUUCGACAUGUCUGAUUCUGGCGUCCGCAAUAUCGACCUGGAGUUCGUGAAGUACAUCAUCAGCUGCUUUAGAACAUAUUAUCCAAAGUUGUUGUCCAAAAUGAUCCUGUAUGAGAUGCCUUGGAUCAUGAACGCGGCUUGGAAGAUCAUAAAGUCGUGGCUGGACGCUGACUCCAUUGAAAAAUUGAAGUUUGUGUCCAAGAAUGAGGUUGAGAUAUACAUCAGCCCUGACAAUUUGCCACCUCACAUGGGAGGAACUGACCCUUUCAAGUACAGCUAUCCCCCGCUUCCUGACGACAGCUCCCAGUUCCUGGUGUCUGAAAACGGGCCAAGCGACAGUGCAGUUGAAAAUAGCAGAAUCCAUGGAAAGGACUGAAAAGGGAUUACACAACACCUUACCUGCACAAGAAGUACCGAAAUCAGGAGAUUUCUGUCAACAGAAAAUGCAAGCGUACUCUAUUGUGUAUUUGUGAUAAUCCCCUGGAUUAUCAUUGUUACCAAUGUGUAGUAGUUGCCUCAAAUUAUCAAACUCUGCAGAAUACUUUAACCUGGACUUCACACAUAAUAUGAAACUGCUAUUUUUAAACCGUAUGCAUUUUUAAAUAUUUUAAGCAAUAUGUUCAAUUUUGAAAUUUGUCUUUUGCUUUUGAAAAUAUAAGCAAUUUUUAGUAUUAGCCGUAUUUACCUGGGCGAUUUAGUAAGAGCUUGUAAUACUUUGUUGAAAUCUGGUUAAAAUGCUGUUCAUUAGUCUACCUUAGCAUUUGGGCUUAUAAGAAACAGACGAUCCCUGAUUGUCAGCCUAGGCCUGUGGCCGAUCAUGACUGACCCUAACGUUUGUACGCUGCUUGAAGGGGCCACAGCACAAAUUGAUUAAUGCAAUUAAUUAGGUUUGCUUUUGAUUACUGAGACCCAAAACAGACAUCGCCUAUAAUUUGCCUAUAACUGCAGUCCAUAAACAAAUUCUGUCUCAUUUUUUCAUGUAUGUCUUACAUUGUCUGGUUUUGUUCACACAUGUUAUCAAUAAUGACGAAGUACAGGCACAAGAAAGCUUUUCUGAAAUGUUAGCACAUAAACGUGUUAACAGUUUGCCUUCUUUGGCCAAUAGCUGAGCACUGUCCAGAUACGUGUAAUACCAAGCAUUAAAGCAUUUCAACAUAGACAUUCCUGGUCAUGUAUAUCCAUAUAAAAUAGGUAGGUAGCAUGGAGCUGACUUGUUGGUUUAUUGUUUGUCUGACCUGUUCGUUGAAUAAAUUGGGCCCACGCAGUAACCUAGUUACGGCUUUGAUAGUGUGCCAUCUGCUCCGAUGAUCUGCAGGUAUUACAUUGUAAUAAGCACUUAUUUAUGAAUCAUCUUCUUACUAUUCUUUUGUUUAUAAACUGUGAAUCACAUGUAAGGUAAUCACUGUGAUUUGGCACAUAAAACUAUAACAUCUAAAUUACAUCUAGAUUACAGUAAUUACAUUAACACUCCAUAGUUACUUUGAUUGCUGGAUAAGUUAUGUUGUCAUGGUAACUUUUUUGUCUAUGCAUUUCAAAUUGUCAAUUGAAUUGUGAUUUUCUUUUCUGUAAACUCUUAAAUGAGUUUAAGUAUUUUCAUUUGUAUUAAUGGGAGCUUGAUGAAUGUGAUCCUUUUGCAUUUUUCGUAAUUUUUAAAUUGUUUUUGGGAAUUUAAUGAUGUAAAAAUUAAGGGACUCUGCUGCAAGAAAAGUGUUAAAAGGAAUCCUGCACAAGAGUGUUCAUUAUGUUGUGUUUCCACAGACACUGCAUUUCUGUGAAUAAGAAUAUUUUUUUACAUAUUGCCCUGAGGCAUGAGCUGAAGAUAUUUCAAUUCCAGUUUGUAUCAGAAGAUUAUUUUUGUAAUCUCUGUCAGAACCUACCAGCUGCAUUCCUGUUUUUGUGUAGCAAAGUUAUUGGCCCUUAUAAAACAUAUUCAUAUAAUGUGACAGCCUUGUAACCUUCUCUUCCAUGUGUCCUUGGUUCUAUGAAUAGGACACAUUAUGGGGGAAUUUUUAAUUUCUAAUUUCUCAUUAAAAGUAAACUGUGGUGUCGAUUUCUAAUAUGUGACAUUUCAUACUAUAUGCAAUAUCAACCUUUGGUGGAAUUCCCCUUUAACAAAUUGUGCAAUCUGUUAAGCAAUGGCCAUUGAUACUUAACUGCCAAAGAUUUACAUUUAAUGUUUUUAUGACUUUGUAUCUCAGGACUCAUUUUAAAGAUCCCUCAGAUAAAUUGUUGCAUAUUAAUCAAUAACUGAACUGACUGAAUGAACUUAAAUGGACAUAUGAAGUGAUGUUUUUUACCUUCAAUGUUUUAUCUCACUGAACUGUAAUAAAAUAAAGAACUGAAUGUUUUUUCAUUAAAAAUUAAAGAAACAGCCAGUAAGUGUGUCUUCUGUAUGCAGAAUCAAUCAACUAAUGGCUGUAUUGCACUGUAAUAAAAUAGCCUUCCAGAAUAA